UUUGUGAUUUAUAACGUUACGAAGCGGUAGAGAUUCUCCUUAUCUCUCUUUGGUCAUAGGUUAUGUUGAUUACAUGUUUACCAAUUAUUGCGAACGAAUGACGUUGUACCACACACGAAUUUUAUGAGGAAGCAUAAUUUAGCAAUGUGUUUGCUUGCCUCGCAGACCCUUAUCCAUGAUUGUGUAACUGGUAUACCAUUCCACUGCAAAACAAAUGAUUUGGAAAUAAGUACCGCCCGUAUCGAAUUUGCCAGGAAACAUUGCGUCGCUGUUGUUAUCAUCCGACAUGUCCCUCUUCUGCCUUCAGUUGUUUCUAUAUCUCUGAAACGUGUAGCCAAAUGUGCGAUUAAGGUUGAAUUGGUCAAUGAUAGUCUUACCGAAUUAAAAGGUGAAAUUGCUGGUCCGCCAGACACACCAUAUGAGGGGGGCAAUUUUGUACUCGAGAUUAAUGUACCCGAGACAUAUCCUUUCAAUCCUCCCAAAGUACGUUUUAUAACAAAAAUAUGGCAUCCUAAUAUAUCCUCUGUUACCGGUGCCAUUUGUUUGGAUAUUCUGAAAGAUCAGUGGUAUGUAUCAGCAAACAUGGCUGCUGCAAUGACUUUGCGCACAGUAUUGCUGUCACUACAAGCGUUGUUAUCUGCAGCGGAGCCAGAUGACCCUCAAGAUGCAGUAGUCGCUAAACAAUAUAAAGAACAUCCAGAAAUGUUUCGUCAAACUGCCACACAUUGGACAUUUGUAUAUGCAGGUGGACCAGCAAAAAUACCUGAUUUAGAUGACAAAAUAAGACGAUUAACAGAUAUGGGAAUCGAAGAGCACAGUGCGAGAGUUGCUCUGUCUUCGUAUAACUGGGAUUUGGAACGCGCCACCGAGCACUGCCUCUUCAGUUAGUGAUAACUGUAUAGCUAAUCUGUCACACAUCCAAGCACCUUUCAUUUUGUCAUUAAGAAUUGUUUUGUAACAUCAUAUUUGGAUAUUGAUAUUAUAGUAAUUUUACAAUUGGAAUCAGCACUUAUAAUGACAAUAUCUUGAUGAUAAAAAAGACACUACCAGAAAAGCUAUUCAAUAUCCACUAAUAGUCAUUUAUUUAAUUUGUAACAUAGGCAUGAGGAAAAAAAUAGUUAAUAAAAAAACAGCGAAUGUGAAUCAGUUAGCUAAAUUUUAAGAAUUUUGUGAGCAAUUUAUUGUUCUAUAUCAUAUUCUAUUGAAAUUCAACAGUUUCUUGAAAAUAAAAAAAA